AGCAAAGAGAAGCAGAAGGCCGACAACGACGAGCACGAGAAGGAAGGAGAAGCCGUCAACUGGUAGUUCUGCAUUUUCGAUUUGGAUUAGCGCGGGGGCGAACUUCCAUAGCGCAGUGAUCACCAUCGAGGAUCGUGCAGGGAAAGAAGGAGCAUUUUCUGCUGAAAUCUGUUCCGAAACUGCACAAGGGUUCGUCGAUUUUGAGGGGUUUGAGCUGUCCGAGUCGCUGAGAUUUGAGCCUUUGCAUAUCGCUGCCUGUCUCAGAACAAGCGAUUCUGGCGGCCUAUUCCUAAGUGCUGCAAGGAAAAUCAGGACAGGAUGGCGAUCAGAAUGGUGAACCCCAAUGCGGAGGUUCUGAAUAAGUCGGCGGCGCUGUAUAUGAUGAUCAAUGCCGCCAAGGGCUUGCAGGAGGUUUUGAAGACCAAUCUUGGUCCGAAGGGUACCAUCAAGAUGCUCGUCGGAGGAUCUGGUGACAUCAAACUUACAAAAGAUGGGAACACACUUCUUAAAGAAAUGCAAAUUCAAAAUCCUACUGCGAUUAUGAUAGCUCGUACAGCUGUCGCGCAAGACGACAUUAGUGGAGAUGGAACGACAUCGACUGUUCUUCUCAUAGGAGAGCUGAUGAAGCAAUCGGAGCGUUUCAUAUCAGAAGGCAUGCAUCCUCGGGUACUUGUAGAUGGUUUCGAAAUUGCCAAGAAAGCCACCUUAGAAUACCUCGAAAAGUUUAAGACUCCUGUCACUAUUCAGGGAACUCCUGAUAAGGAAAUAAUCUCCAUGGUCGCUCGGACUACCCUCAGAACUAAGCUAUACGAGGAACUGGCCGAUCAGCUCACCGACAUUGUAGUUAACGCUGUACUUUGUAUCAGGAAGCCAGAGGAACCAAUUGACUUGUUCAUGGUGGAAAUCAUGCACAUGAGGCACAAAAUGGAUACCGACACCAAGCUGGUGGAGGGAUUGGUUCUUGAUCACGGUGCUCGUCAUCCGGACAUGCCAAAGAGAUUAGAGAACUGCUACAUCUUGACCUGUAACGUGUCUCUGGAGUAUGAGAAAAGUGAGGUCAACGCGGGAUUCUUCUACCACGACGCUGAGCAACGAGAGAAGAUGGUUGCAGCUGAAAGGAGGAAUGUGGAUGAGAAGGUUCACAAGAUCAUCGCUUUGAAAAAAAAAGUUUGUGAUGGCACCAACAAGACAUUCUGCGUCAUCAAUCAGAAGGGUAUCGACCCCAUUUCACUAGAUCUUCUUGCAAAGGAAGGGAUCGUAGGUUUAAGAAGAGCAAAGCGCAGAAACAUGGAAAGACUUGUUCUUGCAUGCGGUGGCGAGGCUAUCAACUCUGUGGAAGAUCUUGAUGCCGAUGUCUUGGGUUAUGCGGGAGUGGUAUACGAGCACGUUCUGGGUGAAGAAAAAUACACCUUCAUCGAAGGAGUCAAGAACCCACAUUCUUGUACGAUUUUGAUCAAGGGGCCUAACGAUCACACCAUCGCCCAAAUCAAGGACGCAGUGAGGGAUGGACUGAGGUCUGUUAAGAAUACGAUCGAGGAUGAAGCUCUUGUCCUAGGAGCUGGUGCAUUCGAAGUUGCUGUUCGUCAGUAUCUAAUGAACACUGUGAAGAAAACAGUGGAAGGGCGUGCGCAACUGGGUGUGGAGGCUUUCGCUGAUGCUUUGAUGGUGAUCCCCAAGACCUUGGCAGAAAACUCGGGUCUCGAUACUCAGGAUGUUCUCAUCACUCUCCAGUCUGAGCACGACAAAGGAAAUGUGGUCGGUUUGAACCACAACACAGGAGAGCCCAUGGACCCGCAGAUGGAGGGUAUAUUUGACAACUACUCGGUCAAGAAGCAAAUUAUCAACUCAGCGCCCAUUAUUGCAGCUCAAUUGCUUCUUGUUGACGAAGUAAUCAGAGCAGGUCGGAACAUGAGAAAGCCACAAUAGGACAGACUCAAAAGUGUCGGUGAAUAAUGUUUUAGGCAAUUUUGAUCUUUCACAUGCUUAGAUUUGCGCCAUUGCUGGUAAGUUUGCCGAUGAGGUGGGUAGAGAAAGCUAGACAGUCUGUCCUGAGCAUUAAUUUUAAGUCAACCACACGCGGAGAACGAAGUUGGCAUGGACGUGCGUAGUGAACUUCAUUUAGUAACUAUCUUCCAUGGUUUUACACGUAGUUGACGGAAGAUUGGCAAAUUUUGAAUGUAAGAGCUGUAUGGAAAGAAUGUAUUUUGACAAUUUGUGCAAGAGAGAAAGUUUUCACAUGGACCUCCCG